GGCUCGACGCCAUUGGGAGACCACCACCUGGUUUGAGUAUCGGGGCUCUACACUGGCCAGGAAGUUUUCAGCUUUGUAUGAGUAUCCCAGAGCACAUUCUCCCGGCAAACACCACAAUGGCGUCACGUUAUUGUACAGCGAUUUUUAAAAUUCCCGUACCGGUAAAACUCCCCGAUUAUCUUCAUUUUGGGGUUGAUGUUGGUUUUUGUAUUCCACGUUCAUGCAAUGAACAGCAUUUCUUCAAACUAUUGGAUAGAGCUUGGACAGUCAAACGUCACAGCUCUGCAGUUAUGUCCAGGUACAACGUGGAGGUGGACAAGAUCGCAACGUAUUGUCACAGCAGUCCAGAUAAUCUGCCAAAGGACGCUUGGUUCUGGGCCGCGAUUGUGUCUCUCCUUGGUCUGGGUAUUCCCGUGGUAAUCGCCACAGCGUUGGAACUAUUUAUCUGGCUACGGUGGAAACAUGAGGCCAGAAACUCCAGCCGUUUACAGAAUUUAACCUUUCCCAAUUCGGAUGAAGCUGGGAACGUUGAAGCGCUCAUGGAAGACAGUGGCGAACAAGAAGCACAAGGACUACUGGGCCACGAAAUAACGGCCAUUUCAAACCACGCUGAUUUUCGUGCGGGUUUCUUGAAGCGACGGGGAUUGCCUGUUGAAGUUUUGAUGACAUUCUCCUUGCCUUGGAACACUUGGAAAUGGUGGACCUUGCCUUGGAACACUUGGAAAUGGUGGACUGUGUCAGGAGGACACGCGGAAGGGCCGGCCCAUCCUCUUGCCUUCCUUGAUGGAAUUCGCGUGAUCACCAUGAUUUGGAUUAUGUUUGGUCAUUGCAUAUUUUUCUCAUGCGCAGUCGCUAAUAAUCUGUUUGCCUAUGCACAAGAGAACUUCCGUCGCUGGACCUUCCAAGUUAUAGUGAGUGCUACUCUGUCUGUGGACGUCUUCUUCAUGAUGUCCGGCUUACUCUGCGUUUACACGGCAUUGCCUCGAUUCAAUGCGGUUCACGGAGUGGCUGGCCGAGCUCGUUUCUGGUUGGUAUUUGUAUGUCAUCGACUUCUACGGAAUGUCGCGGCUGGGAUGACGUUUGCUGCUGGACUCGUGAUAUCGUCCAUUCUGGCUACUUUUGGAAUCGCCUACAAGAAUGAUUAUUUGCCCGGUACACUGUCUUUUGCGGACAACAUUGAUACCAUCUACAUUAAACCGUACACCCGAUGGGGAACAUAUGCAAUCGGUCUGGUUCUGGGCUGGAUUAUUCUGAAGCAGUACAAAUCUCCAAAGCGGUGGUCUUUUCAAGGAAUGGUUGUCUUCUCGCUGGUGCUACUCUCGUUGGCCUCAGUAUUCUGUCUAUCCACGUUGUAUGGGCUCUAUGGUUAUGUGAGCCAAGCUGUGAACUUCCCAUCAAUCGGAGUGUCUGCCUUGUACACUUCCAUGCAUCGACCGGUAUUCAUCUUGGGAAUAGCGAUUGUAUGUUUUCUGUGUACGACCGGCUACGCACCUUCGAUCCAAUCGCUUCUCGCCUGGACAGGGUUUCGUCCAUUGGCCCGACUGACUUAUGGAGCCUAUCUUGUUCAUCCUCUUGUGAUACUUUUCCUCUGUGUGGGUGGACAGUCUCCGGUGAUAAUGGAUAACUUAUAUUUGGUCUCCCUCCUUCUCGCAGCUUUUCCACUGAGCUACGGAUUUGCCUACGUACUCUCGAUGAUGACAGAGUCGCCGAUUUUGGCCUGUGAAAAACUCUUUGGUCUACGCU